AUGGUCGCAGUAGUGUUUUCCGAACCGAAUCCAGGUAAUUUCCGAUUAUCACCGGAUUCAGCUGGUUUCCGGUGGUCACCGGAUCCAGCUGAUUCCCGAUUAUCACCGGAUUCAGCAGGUUUCCGAUGGUCACCGGAUCCAGCUGAUUGUCGAUUGUCACCGGAUUCAGCUGGUUUCCGAUGGUCACCGGAUCCAGCUGAUUGUCGAUUGUCGCCGGAUUCAAGUGGUUUUUGA